AGGCGCAGCGGCGCACUGCGUGCAUUCAAGCCCACAGCAGUCGCGGAGGACAGCAAUUGCUGUCUUUGGUGCGGACGCGCUGUGGCGGACAUCGCUGCCCAGGUCUACACACUAAGACAGUGUAACUAAACUCUCGUUUUGGGACGACUGCGGAACAAUGUGGACCACCCACACAAUGCUGCGGCAGCGCUACGGCUCCUAAAACUGCGUACACCACGAUGCCGCAGCAGCAGCAGCAGCGCGUCUGCACGCCGAUGGUCGUGGUGGCCUUCGUCAUCGGCUGCCAGGUCGCCGUCAUGGUCAUGCACGCGGGCCGGCACGACGCGCACGUCGCGCGCGAGGGGGCGUCGUGGCGGCCGAGCGACUUCGCGGCGCCGGCCGUGCCGCUGCCGACGGAGCGCAGCGCAGCUGACAGCACACAACAAAAGACGACGCUCUCGGCCGCCGAGGAGGAAUUAAUACAAGGAUUACCGACGGCCGCCGAGCGCGCCGAAGCUAGGAAGAUUUUUGAGGAGCGGCUCCAGGGCCCGCUCGCGUUUGGGAACGCCCUCGAGAGCAGCGUCGAGGACGACGACGAGGCCGAUUCUAUACCAGACUUUUAUGGGAAGCCGGCGAUUUUGGGAUUGGAAAGAUGUGCUGCAUUUCGAGAAACAACAUCAGAAUUCAGAAGGGCGGCGACGGCCGGUCUGUUCAACACGGGUACCAACUUACUAACAAACCUCGUGAGGAAGAAUUGCGUCGUGGACAAGGCGUGCCCCGAGAAAAUGCCUCAAAAGCAGAAGAUGGCCAUGAUGGCGCGCGGCGAGUGCAUUGGCUACCCCUUCCAGGUGCCCUGGGGCAAGCACAACCCUUUGCACUUUCGCGGGCGGCACGUCGUUGAUAGAUUGGAUCAUUUCAACAUUUCUGAAGUUUUACCAGCGGUCUUGGUGAAAGACCCGCUGACCUGGGCGCGGAGCAUGUGCCGCACGCCCUACGCGGCUAGAUUCGGUAGAGGUAGUUGUUGUCCUUCGCCCUUGGAUCCGAAUCGCUUACGUGCUAUGAGGAACGUGACCGUCAAUUUUAAAAAAGGAUUCCCCAUGGAACGGUACGCCCAUUUGCUGGAUUUUUGGAAUUCCUGGUACGCUCAGUACUACAAUACUGCGAUCCCGCGGCUGAUCGUGCGGUACGAAGACUUACUCUUCGCUCCGAAGCGCACGGUGCGCGCCGUCUGCGAGUGCGUCGGCGGCAAAUUGAGGAGGGACUUCGACUCGUUUUCGGAUGCGGCCAAAUUCGGGCGGGGCCACGGGGGCGGCGACGGCACGGGCCGGGCCUCGGCUCUUUCGAGGUACGCGUCGGAGGCGACGCGCUACGCGAAUUUGGAUGAGAAUGAUUUGGCCUUUUAUACGAAAAGCGCCCAUCCGGACCUCGUGGACCGGUUUCAUUAUGAAGCGGACGAUGCGAGGCGGCGCGCGGUCGAUUCCAAGGCGUGCCCUAGUUAACCUUAUUUUGUUUUU